CCUUUCAAAGAGGUAGGUGAGGACCCGAGCGAUCUCCCUCUAUUUAGCCUUGCGAUCCUUCGCUGCGCCUCCGAGAAUCGGCGGAUCGGAGCAAGAGACCGAGACAGUGAUCCCUUCCCCCAUCUCUCUCCGUCCCCUUUUGGAUCGGAGAUUUUUGUUCUCCUGCCCUUUUCGGAUCGGAGAUGGGGUUUGUUUCCUUCGCUGGGAGGGUUCUAUUCGCGUCCGUCUUCCUCCUCUCCGCUUACCAGGAGUUUAGUGAAUUUGGAGUUAAUGGUGGACCAGCUGCAAAGGCUCUUAAGCCAAAAUUCAACCUUUUCAUGAAGCAUGCUUCUUCACAUAUUGGCUUUGAAGUGCCUCAUGUUGAAAUGAGACAGGUUAUUGCUGGUACUAUUUUUCUGAAAGGACUUGGUGGCCUACUGUUUAUCUUCAGCAGCUCGUUUGGAGCAUAUCUACUGCUUCUUUACCUGGCUUUCAUCACUCCGGUCAUGUAUGACUUCUACAACUACGAUGUUGAGAAGUCAGAAUUUGUGCAGCUUUUCAGCAAGUUUAUUCAGAAUUUGGCUCUCAUUGGUGCGCUGCUCUUUUUCCUGGGCAUGAAGAACUCCAUCCCAAAGCGUCCGAAAAAGAAGGUUUCUAAGACAAAAACCAAUUGAAGUGUUUGAUGGUUGCUGCAGUCCGAGUUGUAGGAAUCAGUUGGUCUACUCCCCCAUCAGACCACCACAGUCGUGUCAUUUUCUACCUGUUGGCGGAGAUUUAAGAUCCCCUUCCUUUGUGAAAGUUGUGUUCUAUCUUAUUCUGGUACACUAGAGGUCGAGUUGACAAACUAUAGAUCCAUUUUUCCCAAGUUUUUUUGCUUACAUUAUUUUGCGAUUUAUCAAUUCAUAAUCUAGACUUCUGCACCGAGUUAUUAAUGAUUAACAAGAUUUAUCAA